ACAAAUGGAGUCCGUCGGCAGGAGUCGAGUGUGGCUCGAGAAUUAAACACAAAAAGAGGAUUUUUCCUUCAAAACUGUGGGUCCAUUAUGGCCCCCACAUUAUUUAAUAAACUAUUCAACAAAAGAAGCGCGUUUUCACCGCCCGCGAAAUGCAGCAAGGAGGACGCGGUUUUCAGCUGGUCGUCACCGGAGCUGGAGUCCAGCCAGAUCCGUCUCAUCGUCUACCAGGACUGCGAGCGGCGUGGCAGGAACGUCCUCUUCGACUCGGACGUCAGAAAGAGAAGCACGGAAGAUGCCCCGGUCACGAGGGUGUGUGGAGAGGCACAGGCGAAGAUGUUUGGGAAGUGUUGUCAGCUGAGGCCUACAGGUGGCAGCUCCAGUUCCCUGGACAGCAGCUCGUCCUGCGCCUCCGAGCCCAAAGAACAAAACCGCUUCCAGGGCUCCUCACGGUGCUUAUCAGACGCUAACAUGCUCGGAGAAAUGAUGUUCGGCUCGGUGGCCAUGAGCUACAAAGGCUCAACGCUGAAGAUCCACCAGAUAAGAUCUCCUUCACAGCUGAUGCUCAGUAAAGUGUUUACAGCGAGAACGGGCGGAAGCGUCUACGGCAGCCUGAACACACUGCAGGACAGUUUAGAGUUCAUCAAUCAGGACUCCGGCGCGCUGCGGCCAGAGCAGAACACCGCCGCCAACGGCUUCCUGGGCAGCAUAGGUUUCUCUCAGUUCUGCAGCCCACGCCGGGUGCUCUCAGAGCAAGGCCCUCUCCGUCUCAUCAAGAGCGCCUCUUUCUUUUCAGGACACAGUAACCCCAUGGACAUGCCAGGCCGAGGACUGUAUGAUGAGAGAGACAGCGGCAUCGCCCGCUCCGCGUCUUUAAGCAGCCUGUUGAUCACCCCGUUUCCAUCACCGGGCUCCUCUCUCACCAGCAGCUGUGCUAGUAGCUACCAGCGACGCUGGUUACGCAGCCAAACCACCAGCCUGGAGAACGGCGUCUUCCCUCGAUGGUCUGUGGAGGAGAGCUUCAACAUGUCUGACGAGAACGGCGGGCCGAAUUUGAGUGUUGCCAGGAAGAAGAAGAUCGCUAUUGGUGUCAUCUUCCUGCUCUCGCCCAACGACGAAGAAAACGCCAAGUUCCAGGACUUUUUCUUCUCUCACUUUCCUCUCUUUGAGAGUCACAUGAACAAACUCAAAAGUGCCAUUGAGCAGGCUAUGAUACUGAGCCGCAGGUCAGCUGAUGUCAGCCAGAGAGCUUUGGCUUACAGUCGCAUGGUGGACGGCCUCAAUGAGUUUAGGACGACCAUCUGCAACCUGUACACCAUGCCACGUGUGUCUGAGCCCGUCUGGCUCACCAUGAUGUCGGGUCCACCUGAAAAGAAUCAGCUUUGUGGCCAGUUCAUGAGGGAGCUGGCCCUGCUCAUGGAGCAAGCCUCCAAGAACCAAUUCCUCCCGGCACUUCUCACUGCGGUUCUCACUAACCAUCUUGCCUGGGUUCCCACGGUCAUGCCCAAUGGUCAACCACCCAUAAAGAUCUUCCUGGAGAAGCACUCCUCACAGAGCGUGGACAUGCUGGCAAAAACACAUCCCUACAACCCACUUUGGGCACAGCUUGGUGACCUGUACGGGGCAAUCGGCUCACCUGUGCGUCUGUCCCGUACGGUGGUGGUUGGCAGACGACAGGAGCUGGUGCAGCGUCUUCUCUAUGUGCUGACCUACUUCAUCCGCUGCUCGGAGUUACUAGAAACACACCUGCUGGAGAGCGCCGAGGACGAGGCCAUCGUGAUGCCCGGCUCGCUCAUCACCACGUCGCUGCGCCGCGGAGAGGUGGAGGAGUCCGACUACGUGCUGGUCACCGUGCACAAGCCGAGCCAAGACUACCUGUCCCAGGGUGCAGAGGGAGAGGACGGCUACCCGUCUGAUGACAACAGUUUACAGGGCAGCACAUACAUGGACACAGAAGCCCCAGAUGAGCACAAGCGUCCGCAUCCCGCCACACCGGAGGCGGACCGUAUCAGUGACGCGCCUGUCUGCAGAGAAGCAGGGAGCCCACGGCUCGAGACUCGACUGGAAACCGUGGUGAAAGUCGGCUCCAACUCGCCGUGCGAGAGAAGACCCUCGCUCGAGAUUCAAGGGGACGUGCGGCCCGAGGUGGAGUCUGGUGGCGUACCCAUCAGGAUCUUCCAUUCAUCAGAUAUCCUGCUAGACAAGAAGCCCCCUGACAAGAGCUUUGAUAACGCCGGGAACGAGCCCUCCGCUAAAGUCACAUUCCUCAUCGGAGACUCGAUGUCUCCUGAAUCUGACAUGGAGAGUCGACAACAAAAGGUGGAGGAGGAGAUCAAGAAACACAAGAAGCUUCUCAAAGACAACCAGCAGAAGCAGUGUAACGGCGAGGCUAAACUCCAAGUGGACCAAAUCAAGACCAACGAUAGCAAGACUAGAACUAGAAAGACGUCUCAGUGGUGUCUGAAAGUGCAAGGCGACUGCAUGGACAUGUUUGACGAGUAUUUCAGCGAUGACAAUCCCGUGGAGACGAGGACUAUUGAUGAUGUCUACCAAACGGAGAUGAAAGGCGCAGGAAACAAUACCCCACGGUUGGACAAUGGCGGGUGUGAGUGCGACGCAGGAGAAACCUGCUGUAAAACCUGCUGUUCUGCCGAGCAGGACAAGGGCAUCGAGAUGUCGCUGAGUGUCCCUUCACAAGGCACCGUUGGGGAGAAAAAGAAAGCAGUCCCGCUGAACGACUGGGAGAUCCCACGCAACGAGAGCUCGGACAGCGCACUGGGGGACAGCGAGAGCGAGGACGCCGGACAGGAGCUGCCCAGGCAAGAGCCCGAUGGGCCGUUCUAUGCUGAAGAGCAGGCCGACUGGCAGGAUGAGCUCGAGGUGCCUUUACCCGGGGCGAAGCUGGUGGAGAACUACUCUAAACCAAGCAUUGCCAACUUUGGGAGGUCGCUCUUCGGAGGAUACUGUCCUACGUACAUCCCAGACUUUGUUCUGCACGGAGCCCCCAAUGAUGAGAAACUGAGGCAGAACCUCGUGUCGGAUCUGGCCCAUGCUGUGCAGCAUCCUGUGCUGGAUGAGCCCAUCGCGGAGGCCGUCUGCAUUAUCGCAGACACCGAUAAGUGGAGCGUGCAGGUGGCCAGCAGCCAGAGGCGAUCCUCCGACAAGCUGGGCAAAGAGGUGCUAGUGUCCAACCUCGUGUCCAACCUGCUCCAGUCCACCUACCAGCUCUACCGACUCAACCUGUCGCCAAACUUCCAUCCUGUGCUGGAUGAGCCCAUCGCGGAGGCCGUCUGCAUUAUCGCAGACACCGAUAAGUGGAGCGUGCAGGUGGCCAGCAGCCAGAGGCGAUCCUCCGACAAGCUGGGCAAAGAGGUGCUAGUGUCCAACCUCGUGUCCAACCUGCUCCAGUCCACCUACCAGCUCUACCGACUCAACCUGUCGCCAAACUUCCAAAUGCUGGCCGAGUACUUGAAAGGACAGACCAGGGUGCAUGUGAAGGAGCUGGGCAUGGUUCUAGGGAUCGAGUCUAACGAUCUGCCCCUGCUAGCGGCCAUAGCGAGCACACACUCACCGUACGUGGCCCAGAUUCUGCUGUAGGACACAUGGAGAGCGAGAGAGACUCCAUUCCCCUGCCGGCAGACGGGUCGGGUCCUCCAGGUUCGGUACGGCCGGACUGGGCCCCUCGAGGCCCCUGAGACUCCUGGAGCAACUGACCGUUGAGUUGGCGCUCGUUGGGAACCGUCUCAGGGUGAGCAGACUGCAGGACAGACGCUCUGCCUUUAGAUGAGAGUCGAAACCCAGAGGUUCCCUGAAAGUGACCUGGGAAUAUCACUUUUCAACAGUGGACACAUGGAGUGCAUUUUUUAAUUCCAUAAA